AUGGCUGAUCAUCACAACCGUUGGUGGGCUGGGAAUGCGACAGCGCCACAGGAAUCCGCCAUGGGACUCAUGGACCGCCUUGGAUCCGCCGCUCCAACCCGCAGACCCGACCCGCAACAGCAACAACUUCACGGUCUGGUAGAAGAACCCGAUGUCAGCAGCAGCAGGGAAAACCCAGAUUCCGGAGGCGGCAACGGCAACGGCGGAGGAGGAGAAGGAAGCGGCGGCGGCGGUGGUGGCAGCGGGACGACGUCCAUUCGGAGGCCGAGGGGGAGGCCGGCGGGAUCGAAGAACAAGCCGAAGCCGCCGAUAGUCAUCACCAAGGAAAGCCCCAACUCCCUCCGCAGCCACAUCCUUGAAAUCGGCGCCGGCAGCGACAUCGCCGAGAGCGUCGCCGGGUUCGCGCAGCGGCGGCACCGCGGGGUGUCGAUUCUGAGCGGGAACGGCGUCGUUUCCAACGUGACCUUACAUCAGCCCGCGGCGCCAGGCGGGGUAAUCGCCCUCCACGGGAAUUUCGAGCUCCUGUCCCUGUCGGGUUCGUUUCUGCCCGCCCCGUCGCCGCCCGGGGCGGCGGGGCUGACCGUUUACCUCGCUGGCGGGCAAGGGCAGGUCGUUGGAGGAAGGGUGGUGGGCCCGCUGGUGGCGGCCGGCCCAGUUAUGGUCGUUGCGGCGACGUUUGCCAACGCGGUUUACGAGCGGCUGCCGCUUGAGGAUCAGGAGGUGGCGGUGGGCCAUGGGCCCGGCCCAGCAGGCCCGGACGGCCUGCAAUUGCAUCAUCAGCAAGGGGAUCAGAAUGUAAACAGUAAUAAUAACGGGAGUGGAGGGGAAGGGAAUGAGAAUUCAGGGGGCGGGUCGCAGUCGCCGGAAGGGAUGAGUAGCGCUACUGAUCAUCAUCACCACCAUCCACAGCAGCAUGGGUCAGUCGGUUUCCCGCCGCCUCCAAUUUACAAUUUGCCCCCCAAUUUGUUGCCGAAUGGCCAAAUGCCGCAUGAAGUCUUCUGGGGUGCUCCGCGGCAGCCGCCUGCCAACUUCUGA